GGUUCUUGCUAAGGAUGUGCUGCGGCUGCUGACUGGCGCCUGCGCACUGUGACUGCAUUGCUCUCUCUUCUCGUUGCCCCCCUCUCUCUCACUCUCUAUUGCUCCCUCUAUCUUCGCCUCUGUUGUUGCUGCCGGUUUGGUGCUGAGGUUGGGCGGAUGGCAGCAGGAGCAGCUCGGCUAGAGAGCAUCCCGGUCUCUCCCGGACAGAGCGCUCGUUACGAAGCAGCAGCUGCAGCAACUCCCCCGUCCUAAACCCGUGGGUAAGAGCCGAGCUGCACAAGUCUCUGUCACCCCUCCGUCUUUACCCUUGCGCGAUCCCUUCCAUGUCCUCUGCUGCUGAUGUGUAACCGACUGGACGAGCCCAUUCCCAGGGAGAAAUCCCGGCAGUGCAUCGCCAUGUCUCAAUUCUUUCCUCCUCUCCCACAGACCCGCACAAGCCCAUGUCCCAGUCCACUGUGGACAUUGCUGAAAUGAGAAAGAGGCAGCAGGCACAAAAUGAAGAAAUCUCGACAGUGUCUCAAGCUCCUGGUGGGAAUCAAAGACCGAACACAUGCUGCUUUUGUUGGUGCUGUUGUUGCAGCUGCUCAUGGUACGUCAUGCAGUCUAUUUGGUACCAUAUCCAACGCAGCCUCACUGUUAGGAAUGAAGAAAGAGGGGAGCAUGCAGGACGACCGACACAUACAACAAAAAUGGAGAAUAUACAGAUUGAAGAAGAAUGCCAAACUCCUACUGUUGAAGAAAUUUUGUCCUGGUCCCACAAUUUUGACAAGAUGAUGAAAAGCCUUGCAGGACAAAACCUCUUCCGAGAAUUUUUACGUACAGAAUACAGUGAAGAAAAUCUUCUGUUCUGGUUAGCGUGUGAAGACUUAAAGAAUGAACAAAACACAAAAAUAGUUGAAGAUAAAGCUAGAAAUAUUUAUGAAGAUUAUAUCUCAAUACUUUCAUCAAAAGAGGUCAGCCUAGACUCUAGAGUGCGUGAAGUGAUCAACCGAAAUCUGCUGGACCCUACCGCUCACAUGUAUGAAGAUGCCCAGCUUCAAAUAUACACAUUGAUGCACAGAGACUCUUUUCCAAGGUUUUUGAACUCACACGUCUAUAAGUCUCUUCUUGAAGGUACAGAAGACUCAACCACUGAAUCUUAGCUGACACAUGUGAAUAGCAGAUCUGUUUGUUUUUCUUAAAAUAACAAAUAUGUAAUUUAUUAACAUCAGACAAUGAGUUCCUGGAGAACUCCAGUCGUGCACUACUCAGGCUACUGUGAAGAAUAACUUUUAAAAAAAAUUGCUUGGUCUCCGUCUCCACUUUUACAAGCUCUUCAUAUUUGAGUUUGAAAAGCAGCAACACUGGAAUUGCCGCAUAUUGUUUUCUAUGCUAUUUACUUGAGUAUAUCAUUCCGAUGAUGUAUUGGGUGGACUAUGAACAGACUCCUUGUUUUAUUUCAUGUUGCAUGUCCAAGGGUAAUAGCUGUCCUCAACACACCAAUUAAUUGUUGCAAUAUAUAGGCAAUUGCAUUAACUCUGUAGUUUCUAACAUUUCGGGGCAGAUUUAUCAAGGCAUGAAUUUCCAAUUUUGAAUUUUCAAGUUUAUUUAAGUGUAAUUCGACUAGAGAAUAGU